UUACUCCUGAUCUCAGCAUGGGCACUAGGCCUGGCCAGCUUUGGCCCGAUAUGGCCUGCUUAUGUGUUCGUGCCACAGGUGUGCACAUGCAGCAUCCACCGGAUCAGGGGUCGCCCCUACACCACCAUCCUCCUCUUUUUCUACUUUUUUAUCGGUCUGGGCUGCGUUGGUGUAUUCUACCUCCUCAUUUACAGGCGUGUCCAGAUCGCCUCACAGGCGCUGCUCCGCUACAGGUUCAGCCGACGAUCAUCCAGGAAGAAACCACCUUCUUCUUCAGCACAAGGGACUGAUGACAGUGGUGUAGAGAGUGGCACGGCCAACACACACAGCUGUGAGAUGAGCAGCCAGGUGGACCCAGCACAACAUACAGAUGAGAUAAUUUGUGAAAAAUUCCCCCAGUCUACCCCGGUUACUGCCAAGGCCUUAAAUACAUCAGCAAACAAGUCUCCUCCUGAAAUCGUCCCUACACCACCUUCCCCCAUAUCUGCUCCCACCACUGCAGCAUCCUCGUCCCACACCCCAGCCUCAGGAGAUGAUAAGGAAAUAAAGCAUGUGACACGCAUGUGCUUCACAGUUUUUCUGUGUUUUGUGUUCUGCUUUGUCCCGUUCAUAUUGCUCAACAUAGUCGACAAAAAUAAUCGUGCCCCACAGGUACUGCACAUGUUCUGUGCAAACCUCACCUGGCUCAACAGCUGUAUCAACCCCGUGCUGUAUGCUGUCAUGAACCGAAAGUUUCAACAGGCCUACCACGUUCUUUUCAUCAGGGCUGCCGCGCUAUUCACCAGCCUCUGGACCUAGUAAAGUGGUGUUUCUAUUCAUAUAAUGACAGUGAUAUUCUGAUGAAAUAAUGUAGCGCAACUUGCUUUCAGCCACUAUUAAGUCUUGAGUUGUUUGUCUUGGUGAUUCAUUUAAAAAGUAGAAAUGAGGAAGGAUGGAGAAAAAGCAGAAGAAAGUGUGUGAGUGUGUGAGUGU